UUUUCCCCGACCUGCCAGUGAAGAGAGACAGAAGAAGGCCUUAAAGCUUUUAAAUUUAUAGACGAUGAAAGCAGGGUUAUUGAAACGCACUUUCAUUUUAUAGACAGUAUUAUAGUCUUUCUCACGAUGAUCAUAGAGAAUGUGGAAGCAUUGAAGUCGUGGCUGGCAAAACUCCUGGAGCCAAUAUGUGAUGCUGACCCCUCUGCGUUAGCCAACUAUGUGGUGGCUCUUGUGAAGAAGGACAAACCGGAGAAAGAGCUGAAAGCACUUUGUGCUGAUCAGCUUGAUGUCUUCCUACAAAAAGAGACAACAGGAUUUGUCGAUAAACUUUUUGAAUGUCUGACAACAAAGAACUACCUGGGAAACCCUGUUGCCAAGGAAGUUCCUAAAGAAGAGGUCAAACCACCUGCAGUCAAAACUGAUGUUGUGGAGGCUGAAACUCCGGAGGAGGACCGAGAAAACAGGCGGAGGAGAAGUCCUCUGAGAAACAACGAGUCCAGGGCCCGCGACGACAGAAGGCGAGAUGAGCGAAAGCGGCGAGACUUCGAUCGGCACGGGAAAAGUCUCAGCGACUCACACCGCGAGCGGGAGCGUCACGAGCGGCGCAGGGGCAGCCCCCGGGGGAGGAGCUACAGCCGGAGCAGGAGCCGGAGCAGGAGCAGGAGUGGCAGCCGAGGAAAGAGCAGAGACAGAGAGCACAGAGGAGGCAGAGACUACAAGUCCAAGUUUGAGUUGGAAAGGAAGGAUACAGACUGCUACAACUCUUCAAACACGUCCGUCUCCCAGCAGCAGCACCAGUCUCCUCUGCUGCCGCUGCCCCUGCCCACACCCCAGCACCCCUUUUCCUCAACGUCGUCCGCAGGAGUCCCGGGAGCUGGCGGUGUUUCCGUGGUUACAGCGGCCCACCUGCCCGAUAGCACCACAGACAGCUGGUCGGGCUACUACAGCGCCCAGAGGCAAGAUGGUGUCGGCAAGCCAUUCGGCAACAAGAAUGUUUCGCUCAAACAGCGCUGCAGGGAUUACGACGAAAAGGGAUUUUGUGUCCGUGGUGACCUUUGUUUAUUCGACCACGGCAACGACCCUCUCAUCGUUGAUGAUGUGAAUCUACCGAACAUUAUUCCGUUCCCUCCCCCGCCUGUUAUGCCCCCCCCCGGUGGCCUGCCCAUGCCUCCGAUGACCGAGCCACCCCCUCCCCUCAGGAUGCCUGCGAUGCCACUUUACGGCCAGCCGCCACCACCGGGGGUCUUCCCCAUGACCGGACCCCCACUGAUAGCAACUAGUGGGAUUGAAACCCCCAACCACCCAACGGCAAUCACUGCUUCCCCUCCCAUCGGACCGCCCGGUGUGGGGCUGCCGCCUACUCUUCCUCCUCCUCCUCCUCCUCCUCCACCUCCUCCCUCCUCGUCUUCAUCUGUGUCUCUUCGUCCCCAAUAUGUCCAGUCUGAAUAUAACUAUGACCCAGAGGGCUAUAACCCAGAAUCCCCUGCCCUGACUGCCGCCGGUCGUAACCCGUACAGUCAGUUCAUUCCCCGGGUGCACACGCAGCGCUCCAACCUCAUUGGUCUCACCUCCAACGAAGGGCAAGGCUCCAGAGCUGCCAACAUAGUGAUCCAGACAGAGCCUGCCACUGCAGCCAGCACUCCUGGAAGCAACGUGUCCCGUUUCAACGCAGAGCAGGACAACCGGAAGAGGAGCAUGGGGCCCAGCAUAGCAGAGGGACCAGCGCCUAAGCAAUCUUGGGUUGAUAAGCCAAGCUUUAACAACCAACACAAGAACACUUUUCCCAAGAGGUAUCACUAUGUGAACACCAAGUUGGAAGUGCGCAAGAUCCCACGUGAGCUCAACAACAUCACCCAGCUCAACGAACACUUCAGCAAGUUCGGAACCAUCGUCAACAUCCAGGUUGUGUUUGGUGGCGACCCAGAGGCGGCGUUGAUCCAGUACACAAAGAAUGAAGAAGCCAGGCGAGCCAUCUCCAGCACCGAGGCGGUCCUCCAAAACCGCUUCAUCCGUGUGUACUGGCACCGCGAGCCCGGCACCAACCCCACAGGGCUGCUGCAGCAGCAGGAGCAGAGCUGUGGGGGCCAGGCGGUGGGGUCCGCACCCAUCCAUGGGCUGCAGCACAGCAACAUGCAUAAGAUGCAGGUGAUCCAUCAGCACAAUCCAGCUGCGUAUGUGUUGAACAAGACCGUGCCCAAGCACCGCGUGCCAGCCCUGCCGGAGGUCCCAGCUCCAACCAAAGCAGACAGCCUGAACCCAAACACAGAUGCUGUCACCGUGAUACCUGCACUGACAAACACCCAGAAGAGCCCUUACAAUUCAACAACCCUCAAGUCCACCUCAAAGAGCUAUGGGAGAACAGGAAAAGCACUAGAAGCACAGGAAGUCCACAAGAAGAAACAGGAGGCAUUUAAACUCCAGCAGGACAUGAGAAAGAAGAAGCAAGAGAUGUUGAAGACACAGAUGGAGUGUCAGAAGGCCUUGAUAAACCGCCUGGAUAAGAACCGAGGGAUGAGACCCGAGGAGCGAGCCAACAUCAUGAAGACCCUAAAGGAGCUGACGGAGAAGAUCGCGCAGUUGCAGAAUGAAAUGAACCCCGCCUCCCAGGUAUCCAGCGCCAAACCAAACCACGCCCAGUCCAAGACCAAGACUGAUGCCCAGAAGGAGUUGCUGGAUGCUGAGUUGGACUUUCACAAGAAGAUGAGCUCUGGAGAGGACACAACAGACCUCAAGAGGAAACUAGGACAGCUACAGGUCGAGGCCACCAGGCUGGGUCUGAUUCGGCCUCCAACGGGCCGAGGGCGGGGCCGAGGGAAGAUGGCGAUGGAGCCCGGUGCGGGACACGUGGGCCGGGGCAGGGGGCGGAGCCGGGACAUGAUGGGGCGGGGGGGGACUGUGAACCGCAUGUCGGUGGACCACAGACCCAGAGCCCUGGCUAUUUUGGGGGUCACUCAGGAGGAGAAGGAGGAGCUAAUGCCGCACUUUGUGAAAUUUGGUGAGAUUGAAGAGGUCCGAGAUCAAGACGCCAACACUGUUGUCAUGACCUUUAAGUCCCGAAGUGAAGCAGAGAAUGCAGCUAACCAGGGAGCUAAGUUCAAAGGUCGUGUGCUGCAGAUAUCCUGGUACAAGCCCAAGACGCCCUCCGUUACAACUGAGCCAGAGGAGGAAGAGGCUAAAGAUGAUGAAAAUACGAAAAAAGUUAACUCUUAUUUGCCUGGUGAGGAGGAAGAGGAGGAGGAGGAUGACGAUGAAGAUGACGAGUACGAGAGUCGAUCCUGGAGACGAUGAAGGCGUGCGAUUCAUCCCAAUCGUUGAAAUCAAUUCAACGGAACUCCAUUUUUUUUUCCUUUCCAGUAUUUUGAAACCAAGUAAUUUUUAGACUCUAAUCAAAGUAAAAACCACUUUACUUAACUUUACAUCGGAGGAAGUUUAGAGGGCCGAUAGCUUUUGUAUCCCUCGACUGAACAAUUAUUUAAAACAUCUCACUUUUGUUGAGAAAGAUAAAUGUUAAGUUGUUCUCAUAGAUAGGAAAACCUAUGUAAGUUUCAGUGUGCAUACCAGAUGAUUAAUAUCAGUAAUGCACAACAUUUGUGUCUACUGUGAAUAGGUAUUUUUAUACAUACUGUAUUUAAGCUCUUUUCUCACCAGUUUUUUGAAAGAUCUUGUCCUCGAUUCAGGGACAGCCAUUCCUUCACAGAUAGAACGUUCUCUGUUGCUACCAGAGAGAUAUUUAUUUAUUUUUCCACUGCAUAAAUGCACUGUGCCGUACCCAGAUUGGCACAGUAUGGUAUGGUUUUCCAUUUGCUCAGUUUGUUUUGGGAUGGGAAUGCCCAAAAUGUUAAAGGAACCCAAUCUUUUAGGCAGUGACUCACUGCUGGCCUGAAUACAUGCUAGUUUGCGCAUGUUGUACUCAAAAUAAACAGAGCCACUCUUGCCCAGCACCCAAAGGUGCAGACACUGUACCAUAACCAUAUUUGAGCCAGUGCAGGUACAGAAGGAUACCAGUGCAAUAGAAAAGUCUAGACUAUGUUUACAAAUUGCCGUGCCAUGCACGUCAGAUACAGUCUGGUAGUAAAUAUUCAAAUUUUCCCUGCUUGUGUUCACUAAAUGUCCGGUGCCACUCUUUGUAAAUAUAAACACCCACACGGGUGUUCUACAUUUUCUCAGAGUGUGUAACAUCUUUCACUUGUUUUAUUCUGACUCCUGGUCAUCUAAAGAGCAUGGCAGGAAGAGGAUCAGAUCGCACAUUUAAAAAAUGUGGGAUCUGAAGACCGGUGUUUGAAUGUAAAACUGAACAGUGGAUUUUAAUAUAUAUAUCUAUAUAUAUAUAUAAUUUCUUUGCCUUACACAAUCAGCAGAUGGCUGACAUUUUACAAGAUGUGUGAUUUACUUUUGUAAAUUUUGUAAAUGUUUGAACGACAAAUUAGUUGUACUUUUUGUUGUUUCUUUUUCUGUCAUUUUAAACAAAUGGCAAGGUUCAGUCAGGUAGAAAAGGUAGAGCAAGAGUGCUUAGCAUCCCUGUUUAUUCUCAAUCAUUUUUAUUUUUAAAGAAACCAGUGCACGUUGGUAUUUCACUAAAUUGGUCACAUGAGGAGCACAUUUCAUUUUAAAACCCCUUUCUGAGCUGUGAAGAAGGCUCAGCUGAAAGGCAGUGGGAGUCUCCAUAUAAUUUCAUCAUCAGUGCAGCUUCUCCUGCCUCUGAAUAGUGUCAGACAGAACCCUACGUGCAACCACAAUGUGCACCUUUCAUGACAAUGUUUUUAUUUCGUGUUUGGCCUUUUUUGCAAACACUGUAUUUUAAAAAUCCUCAGGGUGGGAGGAAUCAAAUUCAUCUUAGUUGAUUUGGAAAUAUGCUCAAUGCUAGACCCAACUUUUUUUUAGAUUUAUACUUGAGAAAGUUUUUACUUUUGGUGCUUCCCUGAGACAGACACCUAUGUUUACAUGCAGCCUAAUGAAGUAUUGUUUGAUGUGUAUGCGUAUCAUAACUCUCAUAAACUGAUCAUAUCCAACUGACAAGCAGUCAGAGGGGAGCACCAAAACAAAGUAAAUUAUGUGUUAACUGAAGCAGUGUGCUUUACACAGACAUGCAGGUGGAGAUAUGCAUGUGUAUAGAGAUCUGAAUGUAAAUACACAUGCUGAUUUCUGCCUGCAUUGGAAUACAGUCGGUAACAGAAUUUCUCAUUUCUCCUUUGUUUCCUAUCAUUAACUUGCGCUACAGCGGUUCAGAACUGUUGGAAACCCAUUAGGAUUUCCUCCCACCUACAAUGUUGGUAGCGCUUUUUGUUUGAUUUGCAUAUCUCUCCGUUGACUGACAACCCAAAAAUCUCCUGCCAGUGACCUCGGUGUCCCAUUAAAACCAUUUGAUCCGCCCAAAACUAGGUUCAGGUGUGCGAUGGAAAGCUAAAGCUUCUCUCUUUGGCACUUAAUAUGAUUUGCUUGUGAUUUGUUUUUAUUGAAGUCACUGGCAGUUGAAUACGACAAACCUACACUAGUGGAGCGAGGAUUCAGACAAAAGUCUCUGUCCCACUUUUUGUAAUAUCUUCUGUAUGCUACUAUCACAAUGGUGUGUAAAAAAUGUAAAAUGUGUAUUGGAUAAUAGUUUUGGAUUUGUUACUGUUUAUAUUUGCAGGAUGUGGAUGUAUUUUCUUCAUGUAUUUUGUUUGUAAAAAAAUUAUUUCUAAUUUACUAGCAUGUUUGCUUUUGCCAAUAAAGAUGGAGGAAUGGGGUGCUUGGAAGAUGAUACAAAAAAAGAAAAAAUACAAUUUGAAUUGGACAUAGGAAAAAAAAAAAAAAAAGUUGGAGAUUUAAAAAAAAAAAAAAAACAAUGGAGCAAAAAAA